CCCUCCCCCCAACCGCCGUUUUCCUCCCCCCACCCUUCCCUCCGCGUCUCCACCCUCCCCUCCCCUCCCCUCUCCUCCGAGGCCGUCCAGCCCACGAGCGAGCCGAUGAAGAAGCCGGGCAAGCUCGCGCUGCCCUCCCACGACUCCACCAUCGGCAAAUUCCUCACGCAGAGCGGGACGUUCAAGGACGGCGACCUGCUCGUCAACAAGGACGGCCUCCGCAUCGUCCCCCAGAGCGAGGAAGGCGAGGCACCUCCUAUCAAGCCGUUGGAUAAUCACCAGUUGAGCAUUGAUGAUCUGGACUCGAUCAAAGUGAUCGGGAAAGGUAGCAGCGGAACCGUGCAGCUGGUGCGCCACAAAUGGACUGGCCAGUUUUUCGCUCUCAAGGUUAUACAACUCAAUAUUCAGGAAAGCAUACGCAAACAGAUUGCCCAGGAGUUGAAAAUAAGCUUGUCAACACAGUGCCAGUAUGUUGUCACAUGCUAUCAGUGUUUCUAUGUCAAUGGUGUCAUUUCUAUUGCUUUGGAGUAUAUGGAUGGCGGCUCUCUCGCUGAUUUCCUCAAGGCUGUUAGAACAGUUCCAGAGGCAUACCUCGCUGCAAUUUGUAAGCAGGUGUUGAAAGGGCUGAUGUACUUGCAUAAUGAGAAGCACGUUUUACACCGAGAUCUGAAACCAUCGAAUAUAUUGAUAAAUCACAGGGGUGAAGUUAAGAUAUCGGAUUUUGGUGUUAGUGCCAUCAUUGCUAGUUCUUCCGCACAGCGAGAUACUUUUACUGGCACGUUUAACUACAUGGCGCCUGAAAGAAUCAGUGGGCAGAAACAUGGUUAUAUGAGUGAUAUCUGGAGCUUGGGUCUAGUUAUGUUGGAAUGUGCCACUGGCAACUUCCCAUAUCCUCCUCGUGAUAGCUUUUAUGAACUUCUUGAAGCUGUUGUCGACCAACCAUCACCUUCUGCACCACCAGACCAGUUCUCAGCAGAGUUCUGUUCAUUCGUUUCCGCAUGUAUCCAAAAAAAUGCUACAGAUAGGUCAUCUGCCCAAACCCUAUCGGCUCAUCCGUUCCUGAGCAUGUACGACGACCUGAACAUCGAUCUCUCUGACUACUUCACGACCGCGGGAUCGCCACUUGCCACCUUCAAGCAAAUCGCAUUGUGAGGCGACAAAUGCUCGACCACGUGCCGUGAGCUGGAGGACAAUCUGUAGAGCGACGCUAACUAAAGCAAGUGAUUGGAGUUUUUCUUUACCUUCCUUUUGUUCAGAACUUGGGGUAUGAUGAUAUGUUUGAACUGAGUAAGACAUUAUUGGCUGCACUGCAUAAUCGUACAAAAAAUACAGCAUUCUAGCGUGAGUGAGGACCCAAGUUUUGCCUGGCUGCACGCCGGAACUCAACUGCCCGUUAUGUAUCGGCGUCCCGGUUUUGAAUUUUACUGUAAACGAAACCAUGUUUACUGGAUCGCCUUUUACAAUCCGAUUUGGAGCA